AAGAAAUUCUCACUGGCUGCAGACUGAAAAACUCAAACUAUGAGAUGGACAAUGUUGGAGAUGAUUUGUUUGAAACUAUUUUUAUGGCUGAUGACCGGCAUCACAUUCAAGGCUAUCAUGAAGGAUUUGAUGAAGGCAAGCAACAGGGAUGGCAUGAGGGUCAAAACCAUGGCAGGAUUCAUGGGGCCAAGCUGUCUGCAGAGGUUUCUUUCUACAGUGGUUUUGCAGUGACAUGGAAAUACCUUCUUCAAAAUGAUAUGAAUUCCAAAGCAAGGAAACAGCUGAAGCUAUUGGAAAUGCUUACUGGACUGAUUCAAACAUUUCCCCUUGAGGACCCACAGCACAAAAACCUUCAAGAAAAUAUGGAGCAGAUUCGAGCCAAAUUCAGACAAGUUUGCUCUUUACUGCACAUCUCUACAGACUUCCAUGGUUAUAUUAAUAGCCCGGGACAAUUAUCAUUCUAAAUGUAAAGUAUAAACACCAUAACUGGAGUGCAACACGAAACAAAGAAGAACGACAGACCAUCAUAGCAUGUUUUUAUGUUUAUGAAAUUCAACAGAUGCUUUUAUCCAAAGAGACUUGCAACAUUACCAUAAAAAUGAACAGCAGAAGAAUUUGAAGGUUGAAGUUAAAAACCUUCCAAAGAAUGAAAUAAUCAAAUUAGAUACCCAUACCCAGUACUUAGUUACUGUCCACCAGUGUGUGCGUGUGUGUGUAUUAGUGAGGUGGAGGGGUAGAUUAUGAAUUACAUUCUUGUUAUGGACAUUUUAAAUUGUUGUAUGUUGAAUUGUAAUAAAUCAAAAAAGAAUGUUUUGACUAAGAAGGUACUUGACUGAGUCUUUAUUGAAUCAG